UUCCCUAACCAUGGCCGACAAGAAGAAGAAGCGCCGCCGCGCCGACCCAGCCUCCGACGACGACUCCCUCCCCUUCAAGAACAUUCUCAAACCCGACGCCUCCAUCCUCCACUCCGUCCACAAACUCACCGACUCUCUCCGCUCCUCCGCCGCCGCCUCCUCCUCCAAAACCCUAACCCUCGCCGACCUCUCCAUCGCCUCCUGCCGCGAAGUCCGCGAACUCCCGAUCUCCUCCGUCCAGUCGGAAAUCGAGUCCCUCAUGCUCAAAGUCCUCCACUCCAUCCUCGACGGCCACGGCUUCGCCUUCGACGUCCCCUCACGCGCUGCCGCCAACCAGCUCUACGUCCCGGAGCUCGACCGCAUCGUCCUCAAGGACAAAUCCUCCCUCCGCCCCUACGCCAACGUCUCCACCGUCCGCAAAGCCACCAUCACCGCCCGGAUUCUCCAACUCAUCCACGAGCUCACCAUCAAAGACAUCCACGUCACCAAGCGUGACCUCUUCUACACUGACGUCAAGCUCUUCCAGGACCAGUCCCAGUCCGAUACCAUCCUCGACGACGUGUCGUGUAUGAUCGGCUGCACCAGGUCAUCCCUCAACGUCGUCGCCGCCGAGAAAGGAGUGGUGGUUGGCCGUUUGAUAUUCAGCGACGACGGCGAUGUGAUUGACUGUACUAAGAUGGGGAUGGGAGGGAAAGCUAUCCCGCCGAAUAUAAACAGAGUUGGUGAUAUGCAGAGUGAUGCAUUGUUCAUCUUGCUUGUUGAGAAAGAUGCUGCUUAUAUGAGAUUGGCCGAGGAUCGGUUCUAUAAUCGGUUCCCUUGCAUUAUUGUGACCGCCAAGGGGCAGCCGGAUGUCGCUACAAGGCUGUUCUUGAGGAAGAUGAAGAUGGAAUUGAAGCUUCCUGUGCUGGCAUUGGUGGACAGUGAUCCUUAUGGGCUGAAGAUUCUGUCUGUUUAUGGGUGUGGAUCGAAGAAUAUGUCGUAUGACAGUGCUAAUUUGACCACGCCGGAUAUUAAGUGGCUGGGAAUUAGGCCGAGCGAUUUGGAUAAGUAUAAGAUACCGGAGCAGUGUAGGUUGCCGAUGACGGAUCAGGAUAUUAAGACAGGGAAGGAUAUGUUGGAGGAGGAUUUUGUUAAGAAGAAUCCGAAAUGGGUUGAGGAGCUGACUCUGAUGGUGAAGAGUAAGCAGAAGGCAGAAAUUCAGGCAUUGAGCAAUUUUGGGUUCCAGUACUUGUCGGAGGUGUAUUUGCCCCUCAAACUUCAAGAAGAGGACUGGAUAUGAAUGGUGUUGGUUGGUUUGGAGGCUGUUUUUUUACGUAUCAAGUGCAGUUAGGUUCUACCUCAAGUAUAUUCAUCCACAUCUUGUUUCAUCAAGAAUCAAGUAUAUUCAUCCAUAUCUUGUGUUUUUGCAUAAUCCCGGAGACUAUGUAGAAUCACGGUGGAACACGAACAAUAGACAAUCAUGGGCAAGAGACAAGGACAUAUAGCUAAGGAAGGUUCCCUCUUUUUACAUGUUUCCAACGUGGGACAAACUAUACAUAACUAUUAUCAUGGUGUCCUCUUAUAGAGCUUGGGCGAGCACCUUCCGGAUAUGGCACGGAUGAUCUUUCACCAUGGCGAGGUAGCUUGGAUGUCGGUCUACAAGUUUCAUGACUAGUUUAUGGGCGGGGAAGGUAGUUUAUCAACUACCGACUACAUCUUGUUUGCUCAUGUAGUUAGAUUCUUGCUGUUACCCUAUCUCAAGUUCCAUGUACUAUAUUUUUGCUUUUACCCUAUCUGAGAAUACAAGUACUUAGAAACCUCAAAGUCUGGUUUUUGUUGGUUGUAUUUGGAUUAUUUCUCAAAAUAACUAUUAUAACAGUCAUGUUUAUC